AUGCCCUCCGCAACGGGUACCAAACGAGUCAGGGGUGUUUCAAUUUUUCGGCCAUUCAUCUUCGGCAGCGAAGCGACACCCUUCGAUCCAGACGCCAAACCAGAAGGCGUACCCGCGGAUCACACCCACCAAUGGCGCGUAUACGUCCGGGGAGUCAACGGCGAAGACAUUUCCUACUGGUUAAAGAAAGUGCAAUUCAAACUCCAUGAAACGUACGCACAGAAUGUCCGCACGGUCGAGAACGCGCCCUAUGAGGUUGUCGAGACCGGAUGGGGUGAAUUCGAAAUUCAGAUCAAGAUCUACUUCGUUCCAGAAUCGACCGAGAAGCCGCAGACACUUUGGCAUAGUUUAAAGCUACACCCGUACGGUCCCGAUGCAGAAGGGAUGAAGGAGCGGAGGGAGGUCGUCGUUAGUCAGAAUUACGAGGAGGUUGUGUUCAAUGAGCCCGUGGAGCAGUUUUAUGAGUACCUUACUGGAGGGUCGGGGACGCCACAGCCGCAGAAGGGGAAGGGUGGGAAGAGUGCGAAACAGGCUCAGCAACAGCGGGGUGGGAGGACGGCUGAGAUCCCAUAUAACGAGACAGCGGACAACCCUUAUAGUAGAACGGCGGAAAAUAAGGAGCUCGACCGGUUAGGCGAAGCCAAUAAAACAGUGGAGCAGAUGAUUAAGGAUGAAAAGGAACGGCUUAUUGAACGCGAGAAGCGGUUAGCAGAGCUACGGGAAAGCGAAGGAGUUCCGACGCAGUCUCACAAAAAGAGAUAA